CUCAAACAAAAAUAUAUUUUUUCAAACUAUUUUUGAAGAAGAUAUUUAAUUAUAUAAAUCGGCGCCGUCACAGGAGAAUCCACUCCAUCUCGUGCGAGUGCGAUUUGAAAAUGCAAGGCAAAGGGUAUCCUCCAGGAUUUGAAGAGGAUCCAAGGCUCCCUGCAGCCAAUGUCAAAGGUGGCGAGAAUUUUAAGGCCAUCCACGGGGAGCUUGAAGAAUUAGACAUUGCUGAAAAUAAGCAGCGACUUGCGAUGGACAGUGUCUGAGCUUGUAGCUACGAUGAAUGCCGAAAUCGAGCACGAGACGUCGUUGCGCUCUUCUCGAAUUGCUGCCCAUUCCACCCUUGCCAGCGGAGUUUCCAGUGUCCAGGUGGAACCAGCGCUUAGUCGGAGUUUUCAAGCCUUGCCUCCUCUUCCUCUUCCUACUUUCAGCGGAGGAUAUUCGAGGGCAGCGCUUCGAGGGCUUGGAAAAAAUUUGGGGACGACAGUUCAGAUCGCCGGCUGCAUCAUUGUCCAGCUACUUCUUCAAAGGUUGGAUCCAGCUACUCAGGCCAAGUGGGAGGAAGGUCAAAAUGCCUCGAACUCGGAUCUCAUCCCUACUUGGGAGUCGAUGGCAGAGUUUUUGGAACAGCGUUGCAGGACUUUGGAGGCUAUGGAUGUGGCCUUGGCCGCUUACGUGCCGGGCACUCAGGUGGGAAGACGUAGAGUCGCAAAUAACAGUGGUGCCUCCUUUAUUAUUACUAAUUCACCUGCCUCUGCUUGUUUAUUAUGCGGUGGGUGGUCCCAUGUAUUUUCUGCAUGCCCAAGAUAUUUUUCAUUGCCUCCUGAGAGCCGCCUUGGCGAGGCUAGGCGACUAGGUCUAUGUCGGAAAUGUCUCCAAACGGGCCAUCACCUGCGUAAGUGCCUCGCUGAUAAUUGUCGCAGUUGUGGCAGGAGGCAUCGCAGUCUGUUGCAUUUUUUGAAGUUACAGUCUUCCAACAGCCAGCCUUCUGCUGUGCCGUCUACAUCAGCCGCAGCCGAGUGCGCCGAGCCAAUAGGCGCUUCACCAUCCACGGCUAAUGCACUAGUUGCCCAGGGUCGCAGCGGUGAGAUAGCCAUACUGGUCACAGCGAACAUUCUCAUUCGGAGUCGUUCUGGGGUUUUUGUUCCAUGCCGGGUUCUUUUGGAUUAUGGAUCGCAGGUGCACGUGAUUACGUCCCGACUGGCUAGUCAGCCGCAGCUUCGUAGACGCAAAUCGUACGUGGCAGUGUCGGGCAUUGGCGACACUGGAUUCUCUGUUGAUGUGCUCCUUCGAUCCUAUUGCUCUGAAUAUUCGGCCCUCGUCAGCGUUGUAAUCGCCACCAACAUCACGGACCUCCAGCCUAGUUUUAGCUUGGAUGUCUCCAGCUGGAAUAUUCCGUCAAACCUCACUUUGGCCGAUCCCCAGUUUUUUCGACCGCAGCGGAUCGAUUUACUUAUCGGAGCCAGUCUAUUCUAUGAUCCAUCUCUCAGCUGGCCUACCGGUGCUGCAGAAAACCCGGCUUGGAUGGGUUGUGUGUGGCGGUGGUUCACAUCUGGAGAGAAAGUCGUUCGUAGCCACAGCCCGCAAGGACGUUGUGAAAAGCCUUGUUCAGCAGCGCUCCAAAUGGCGUGCGUCCGGCCCUGCCUUGGCGAUGAACGAUGUGGUGCUAGUCAAGAACGAAAACCUACCCCCCAUGAAGUGGCCGUUGGCUAGAAUUCUGGAUUUAGUCCCUGGUUGGGAUGGAGUGCCUCGAGUGGCGGUGGUUAGAACCGCUUCUGGAACUACCAAGCGCGCAGUGAUCAAGCUUUGCCUAUUGCUCCUUAAGGAUGAAGUUGAAGGACAGGCCUCAACUGGGGGGAGUAUGUCGGGUCAGGCAGCAGCCACGGCAUAAAUUGAAUCAAUAUAAAUGUAACAUAUAUAUAUAUAAAUGUAAUAAUUAUAGUUUAGCAUAUAAUCAUUUUUUCUCAUCGCUGUUGUUAGUCGCAAGCCGACUCUUCUCGGCCGCUCGGCUUUAUUUUAUCUAUCUCAAUAAGUUAACGAGCUUUCGCCCGUCCUAUGCUAAAAGACGGGCUCACUUGUACUCUCUAUAUCAGUGCAUACGCAUUCUAAAUCGGAGCUUUCUGGCUCUCCAUUUCAUAUGCCAAUAAAUAAACAUUUUAUAACGUUGUGAAAC